AUGGAAGCAGUUAACAAGAAAAUCGUGUGUGAAUUCUACAAGGCAUUGGCUGCCCACGACGCUAGCACGCUCCAGAUAUCGACUGGUGGUUCCACGGUCCACCUGCUCACAAAUACGGAGUACAACCUUAUGCAAUUGCUCACUGGUAGUCGUGUUCUAGUCGACGCCAAUGAUUCUUACAAACCUCUUGUUGUCGUUAGUAUUGGGUCGAUGGUGGUGGCAGAAGGGUAUCACAUUCACGAAAACCGGAAGACAAAUUGGGUACAUGUUUGGACUGUGGAGAAUGGCAAGAUCAUGACACAAGUGAGGGAGUAUCUAGACACAUUCGUUACUGUUAGUCGUAUCAUAAAAUCGAGUGAUGUAUGUAUUCCUUCACCGCGGUCUCCUAAAGGUACAAAGAUAUGGGAGAGUGAACUUGUUGACAAUGUUUGUGUACCUCGUCUUCUACUAGUAAUUUAA